AUGGAUCAGUUCGAUGGUAGUCAGGGUGGUCAUGCAAAUGUCCAAAAUGAUAAAGUUAAUUCUAGCAGUUAUAGUAAGAAAGACAUUCUCGAGCAGAAAUUUGAUUCAGAGGAGGAUGCACAUGCCUUCUACAACGCAUGUGCUAAGGAAAUGGGGUUUAGCAUAUGGAAAGAUAGGUUGAAAGUCAAUGAAGCCAAUGUGUCUCAGAAAUAUUGUGUGCCUUUCCUCCUCUCGCAUAGGCAUGUGAGUGAUGCGGUUAGAGCUCAAACGAAAGCUAUGCACAAUGUCAGUGUGAAGACAGGUCAGAUCAUGGAUUUGAAGGUUAAUGAAUCAGGGGGGUACGGGGAUGUGGGCUUCACUCUCAAAGAUCUGCAGAACAAAAUUGAAGUCGAGCGCCAAGUAGAACUCAAAGACGGUGAUGCAGAGGAUGCUUUGGGUUACUUAUCUGCGAGAGCUGAUGCCGACCCAUUAUUUUUCUUCAAGUAUACUGUGGAUGAGGACAACCGGCUAGGUAAAUUGUUUUGGGUAGACUCGAAGUCUCGGAUGGACCACGCUGCUUUCGGUGAUGUACUGAUAUUCAACACAACCUAUCGAACUAAUGCAUAUAAGAAACCAUUUGUCAUUUUAGCCGGCAUGAGUAACCAUUUUCUUACGACUAUUUUUGGUUGUGCCUGGUUGGUUGAUGAGACAUUUGCAACAUACACAUGGGUGCUGAAAACCUUAAGGGAGGCCAUGGAUAACAAAUGA